AUGGAUAAUCUCGGUGGAGUAGAUGCAGAUAGCGUGGGAUUCGAUAUGAACAUGGUGGUCAACCAACCGCCACAGAUAUUCGGGGCGUACAAUCCUGAUGGUUCGCCCAUAACACCAUCUCUUCCAGGACCAGUGUUUCCCGAAGACCACCUAAGUGGCAAUAUGGAGGAGAGUAACGAUGCGAAGAGGCGGAGAAUUGCAAGAGCAUGUGAUAUGUGCCGAAAAAAGAAGAUUAAGUGCGACGGGAAGAUGCCAAAAUGCUCGCACUGUAUAAACUAUAAAACCGAGUGUAUCUUCACUCAGGUGGAAAAGAAGCGGAAUCCACCGAAAGGAGCCAAAUACAUAGAAGGACUGGAAAAUCGAUUGGGCCGCAUGGAAUCCUUACUACGACUAUCCGGGUUGUUAACGGAAGCGGACGCUGGUAAAACCGAUCUUAGUGCUCUUGAGAAGCGGUUUGCAGAUAAGUCAAGCCAACCCGGUGGCUUGUCGUCCAAGCAGUCAACCGCAUCCUUUGGCUUUAAUCAAACCAGCCAACCAUCCCCCAUAACUUCUACACCACAUGCAGAUUCUCACACCAGCCCAAGGACCGCGGCUACUUCGCCAGACUCUCAAAAGGAGACGGAGGCUGAGUUAGAUUCUCUAUCAGAUAUGAUGUGUUCCUUGGUCACCAACAAUUGCGGGGAGACUCGAUAUAUUGGAUCAUCAUCUGGCUUCUCAAUAUUCUCACCGAAGGGCAUCCAAUGGGUCAACGAGAAAACGGGAGAUUCAUCGUUUCAGGAUAUGAUAUCAUCCGCAUAUGUAGAUGACAAUAAAUGGAUAUAUUGGAAGCCAGAGGUUUUCAGUGACAUAUUCGCUCGUCGUGUUUUCAAACCGUUACCCCCCCGAGAGGAAGCUCUAUCCCUCUUUAAAGAUUAUUUUGAGAACUUUAAUUGUGUCUUCCCUCUCUUUCACGAACCCACAUUUAUGCACCUGGUCGAACGACAGUACUCCCGCGACCCUUACGAAGGCUCUGGAUGGUGGGCCAGCAUCAAUGUGGUGUUAGCUAUAUCUCAUCGGCUACGAAUUAUGAGUAACUUGGUGCCGCAAGAGGAAGAUAAAAAAGCCUGGUUGUAUCUGAAGAAUGCGAUGGGUGUUUUGACUGAAUUGACGAUGAGAAAUACUGAUCUCCUAAGUGUGCAAGCACUUAUUGGAAUGGGAACUCCUAACCCACAACCAACAUUUUUCCUAGUCGCCGCAGCGAUCCGCCUCUCGCAUAGUAUAGGUCUGCACAAACGCGGGUCUGGAUUCGGUUUGAACCCUGUUGAGCUUGAGCAGCGAAAGCGAGUUUUUUGGAUCGCAUACAUACUAGACAAAGAUCUAUGUCUUCGAUCCGGGAGGCCCCCGGUACAGGAUGACGACGAUAUGAAUGUCGAGCUUCCUAGUGAAGAUCCUCCAGAUAAUAUUGGAAACGUACCACUCUCCGAUGGUAAAGGAAAAAUAAAUCUUUUCCGAUUGAUGUGCAUAUUUGCAUCAAUCGAAAGUAAAGUAUAUAAACAGCUCUAUUCGACCAAAGCCGCACGACAAUCAGAUGGUGAGCUUCUCAAUACGAUUGGAGAACUUGAUCGAGAGCUUGAAGAAUGGAAAGACAGUAUACCACUUGAUUUCCGGCCUGAACAUGAGAUCAAAGCUACGCACCGUCCGUUGAUUCUUCAUAUAGUAGUGUUACACUUUGCUUACUAUAACUGUCUGACCACAAUUCACCGAAUGUCUGUUCAUCAUGGAUAUUGGACUAGCCGAUUAUCGAAUUAUGCAAUCCAAGGUUUGAACGCGAGGCCUUUGAAUCCUCGUGUGUUUUCUUCUGCUGUUCUUUGUGUUUCUGCUGCACGUGCCUCCAUACAUUUGAUCAAAUAUAUACCCCAAGGCGACUUUGCCUGUGUUUGGUUGAUUCUUUACUUUCCUAUUUCCGCAUUGGUCACGCUGUUUGCAAAUAUACUUCAAAACCCACAAGAUGCCCGUGCACGAUCUGAUGUCAAAUUAAUGGGACUUGUCGUAAAUUUUCUUUCGAUGCUCGUCGCAGAUGAAUCGAACGGGAGUGUUAGACGAAUGCUGGGCGUCUGCUCUGAAUUCGAGAGAAUAGCAAAGGUUGUGCUGGAGAGGGCUGAAAAGGAAUCUCAGACAAAACGGAAGCGUCGGGCUGGAGGUGCUGACGACGGCACCAAUGAUGAAGGACCUGUCCAACCGCCUGGCAGUGACCACCAAGCUAGCUCCGCGCCGGAUAUCCAACCGGAAGAUGUCACACCUAAAGAAUCUUUAUCUACGCAAACUUUCCAACAAACAAAUUCAGGUAUCCAGCCAACAAGCCAGAGCAAUGGAAAUGUUUACUUUAACCAACCUGCGCGUAUGGAGCCAGAAUCAUCAACACCAGCAGCGACAACUGCGGCGACAGUGACAACGGCAUCGGUCACGUCUGGAGCCCAUUUCGGACACGGAUACGAGCAGAAUUUUUCUUCAGAAAUGUUGACCCCUAACCAGGUGAAUCCAAGUGCGUUCACUAGCGGCGGCCCGUCAUUCUCCAGCCCGAGUCCAAUGCCCAUAGAUUUCUCGUCAUUUCAACAACCAUUUGUGCCCCAGGAACUCUGGCAGAUGCCAAUGACAUUAGAGUGGGACUGGGCAGACGUGCCCAGUAACUUCCCAUUCGCAAACGGAGACGAGCACCAGGCAUAG